AUGCCCGUCCACCACUUGAUGUGCGGGACCUGGACUCCGCCGGGAGCCAUCUUCACAGUCGCAUUCGACGACGAGAAGCUGACGUGUGAGGUGGUCAAGCGGACCGAGAUCCCCCAGGAUGAGCCCAUCUCGUGGAUGACCUUUGACCAUGCGAAGAAGAACAUCUACGGCGCGGCUAUGAAGAAGUGGUCCAGCUUCGCUGUCAAGAGCCCGACCGAGAUCGUCCACGAGGCCUCACAUCCCAUGCUUCACGAUCGUGCGUAUUUUCCCUUGCUUUUUGCCCUCCCAAGUUGCAUUCAACGUAAUCCGGAAGCUGACCCCCUCGCCACCUGCGAAACAGCCAAGGCCUCGUCCGCCGACACCAACACGCGGGCCAUAUUCCUGCUGGCGGCCAAGCAGCCGCCCUACGCCGUCUACUGCAACCCGUUCUACAACCACGCCGGGCACGGGUCCGUCUUCUCGGUCUCGGACACGGGCGCCCUGGCCGAGAACACGCAGAACUACGAGUACCAGCCCAACACGGGCAUCCACGGCAUGGUCUUCGACCCGACCGAGACGUACCUGUACUCGGCGGACCUCAAGGCCAACAAGCUGUGGGUGCACAAGAAGGACGCGGCCUCGGGCCAGGUGGCGCUGGUGGGCUCCGUCGACGCCCCGGACCCGCGCGACCACCCGCGCUGGGUCGCCAUGCACCCGUCGGGCCAGUACCUGUACGCGCUGAUGGAGGCGGGCAACCGGCUGUGCGAGUACGUCAUCGACCCGGCGACGCACAUGCCCGUGUACACGCACCACUCAUUCCCGCUGAUCCCGCCGGGGAUCCCCAACUACGACACCAUGUACCGCAGCGACGUGUGCACGCUGACGCGCAGCGGGCGCUACCUGUUCGCGACGGCGCGCGCCAACAGCUUCGACCUGCAGGGCUACAUCGCCGCGUUCCGGCUGCGCGACUGCGGCUCCAUCGAGGAGCAGAUCUGCCUCAACCCGACGCCGACGAGCGGCGGCCACAGCAACGCCGUGUCCCCGUGCGACUGGAGCGAUGAGUGGAUCGCCAUCACCGACGACCAGGAGGGCUGGCUCGAGAUCUACCGGUGGAAAGACGAGUUCCUCGGCCGCGUGGCGAGGGUUAGAAUACCGGAGCCUGGGUUUGGCAUGAAUGCUAUCUGGUACGAUUAA